AUGGAAAAUCGCUCCAAAUGUGAGAUAGCAAAAUCCAACUCAGAUCAUGAUAAAAAGAAAGAGACUCACUGCAUAAAGCAUUUACCUUCUCCUACUAACUCCUUUCCCUUUAUGAGUAAGCAAAUCCAUAGAAAAAUCCUACAUUUUGGGUAAGCCCUCCCUUUGUGAGUCAGCAAAAAUGUUUUAAAUAUGUAAAUUUGAAGAAAUUAUUAUUAUGAAAUUUCACUAAAAAAUAAUCCACUCAAGAAGAUAAUUAGCAAAAAAAUUUUGAUCACUCAUAAAGAGAGGAAAGAGUAAGCAAAAGAAUAUUAAAAAGGCUAAAGAAGAUUUGCCUAAUAAAAAACCUAAAGUUGGGGUUCCUAAUUUAAAAUUCGACAACCAUAAAAGCUCCACAAAUCGAUCUUGCAUUACAAUUUCGACUUCACAAAGCUGCAAAGCUUUAAGUGAUCGUAAUUCCGCAUCAAGCCAAAAGCCAGUUAAGUCAAAAAGUGUAAAAAAGAAAAAUUUGAUUACUCCUAGAAGCACAAAAUCAAAAAGGUCAGGAUCUUCAAUUUCUAAAACCACAAAUGAAAGUUCAGCAAUUACUCACCCAAUUUCUUCUGAGCGGAUACAGUCGAGUUAUGAAAGCAAAAUCCCAAUCCACUCAGAUUUGUCAAAAUCUUUUGUCCAUCUAAGCCAAUCCGACUUACAAAAUAUAAUCCUUAAUAAAACUUUUGAAUUUCAAGAAAUCCUUGAAAAUGAAUUAAAAGGAAAGCCAAAAACGCCUUACCAAAUCUCAAAAGAGCAAAGAUUAAAGGCAAAAAACCAAGCCUCAGCUCGAAAAAGAGACGAAAUUAAACAAAAGCUUGAAGAAGAGGAGCUAGAGCGGGCUAAAAAAUCAGCCGAGCUUUUCCACAAAUCAUGCGAAUUCAGGCUUAAAAGAGCAAUAGAAAACAGCCUUAAAAAGUACCAAACAGCUUUACAAGUAGAAGAUGCGAAAAUGAUAAAAGAGCAGCAAAAAACUCUUGAAAAGCAAAAACAAGUCGCCAUAGAAAGCAUCCAGAAUUUUUAUAAUGACAGAAUCCAGCUCCUCAAAGAAAGAAUCGAUGAGCAGAAAUUCUAUCAGAAAAUUGUAGAGUACGACCAAAAGAAACGACUUUCUGAGGCAGAAAAACUUCAUAAGGCACAGCGGAAAAAGCAAUUAAAAGAGCAAGCAAGCCUCUUACACUGCGAUGACUCUGAUUUUCUUUCAUUAGAAGCUAAAGAAUUUGAAGAAAGAAUAAUUGAGAGGUACAAAAAGGAAUCUUUCAUAUCAUAA